AGGUCCUACACUCUUGGAAGAAUGAGCUCCUACCAGCAGAAGCAACCCUUUACCCCACCCCCUCAGCCUCAACAGCACCAGGUGAAACAACCCUGCCAGCCUCCACCUCAAGAUACCUUUGUUCCCAUAACCAAGGACCCAUGCCACCCAAAUGUUCCAAGUCCCGGGAACACCAACAUUGCAGAGCAAGGCUAUGUCAAGAUCCCUGAGCAAGGCUCCAUCAAGGUUCCAGACACUGGCUACACCAAGAUCCCUGACUCUGGCAACACCAAGGUCCCUGAGUCAGGAUGCACCAGUGUCCCUGGGUCAGGCUACUCCGUGGUUCCUCAGCCUGGCUACACCAAGGUCCCUGACCAAGGCUACACCAAGGUCCCUGAGUCAGGAUGCACCAGUGUCCCUGGGUCAGGCUAUUCUGUGGUUCCUCAGCCUGGCUACACCAAGGUCACUGAUUCAGGAUGCACCAGUGUCCCUGGGCCAGGCUACCCCACGGUCCCUCAGCCUGGCUACACCAAGGUCCCUGAGUCAGGAUGCACCAGUGUCCCUGGGUCAGGCUACUCCGUGAUUCCUCAGCCUAGCUACACCAAGGUCCCUGAGUCAGGAUGCACCAGUGUCCCUGGGCCAGGCUACCCCACGGUCCCUCAGCCUGGCUACACCAAGGUUCAAGAGCCAAAUCCUUCAAUAGUCACUCCUGGCCUGUCUCAGAAGAAGACCAAGUAGAAGUAAUGUGCUGACAUCCGUAUCUUCAAGAAGCUGACCACCAGAUGCUGAACACUCUCUUCCCAUCUGCUCCCAUGUCUCAACUGUCUCUAUAUCUGUAAUCAGUAUGUUUGCACCCCGGUGCAUUUUCUCUCUCUCUUACUUGUACCGUGAAGCUAUGUUUUAUGAAUGUCCUUGCAUUCUAAAGUUCUCCGAGCCUCUGCAAUAAGCAGAAGCUUAGUGGCUUUGCUGGCCCUCGGCUGCUGAGGGUUCAUCUGCAGAGGGAUUCUGGAUGAGAAGAAAUGUAUUUCCUGAACUUUCCCCCAUUAAACCA